AGCUUCAUUGCGCGCAGAAAAUCUACGACCACACUAAACAGAACGCGCGGGAAGCGCAUGACGGGCCGAAGCGCCUCCCGCCGUCAUUUUUGGAGGCUCCCAGCCCCGCAGCUGGCAAGGCGGGCCAGUUGCUGGCGGUUGUUGUGCCUGUUGCGCGGGGGGAGUUUCGGGAGACAUGUGGCGCCGCCCUUUGUGGUGGUUCCCUUGCACUUGCUGCCAAGAGGACGGGGCGCCCGCUCUUUCCAAGGAGGCUGGCCCGGGCCCCAGUUGUUGCGCCCCCUGCCUGGUGUAAGUAUAGGCCGGCGCGCGACGGCAAUGGACGCGCCGGGCUUCCGGGCAAUGGUCGAAGGGUGUCACUUGGAAACAAUGGCGCACGUGUGCGGGGGCGGCGGGUGCUCAUUCUGACACGCGGGCAACCGUUGCAACCCCUACCGCCAGGGAA